CCCCGUCCUGCGCUGCGUCCCCAACCAUCGUGUGACCGCAUUUACGUCGUCACGCCUGCGGGCUUUGCUUGCCCGUCGGUUCCUCUGCCUUCCCCGCCGUCCGCCAGCUUCUGUCCAUCGACGCUUUCUUGCCCGACCUGUCCCUCAUCCUCCUUUCUUCGUCCCGAGCACGUCGAGGAUUCCCGGCCGUCGUAUUACUCCCUAGACCGUGCGUGCCUUGCUAUGUCGAAAGCCUAGACACACGUUCGAGCGGCCAUGCUUGUCUCAUGCUUACUCACGCUGGCAGCUGCUUGGUCAAGCAGCGCGACCGCAUCCCAGCCGCAAAUCGCCCUCCAAGCCGAGUCCUCCAAUCGUCGCCCUGCACCGUCCUCGGCCGCGUCGCUGUCCGCUGGCUCGAAUGCGUCCGCCUCUGUCAUCUCGCCUGAGCUCUUCGCUGAGCUGGAAGAGCUCGCCCGCAUAGUGGACAUAUCGUACUGCGUCGGAUCUGUCGGGCUGGGCGUGCAAAAGCCGUUUUCCUGCCCCAGCAGGUGCGGCGAUUUUCCCAACUUCGAGCUGGUUACGACAUGGAACACGGGCCCGAUGUUGUCCGACUCCUGCGGGUACAUUGCGCUUUCGCACCCGCCGUCCCCGAAGCGGAUUGUUGUAGCAUUUCGAGGCACCUACUCUCUCAGCAACACCAUUGCCGACCUGUCAACCAUGCCGCAAGAGUACUCGCCUUAUCCUGGCGUCGAGGAUCCCGACGCCGAGCCGCAUGUGCCCAAGUGUCUCAACUGCACGGUCCACACGGGAUUCUAUACCUCGUGGGCAAACACGCGCGACGUGGUCCUCCCUCAUAUUCUGGACGCCCUCAAGCAUCACCCAGACUACGCCAUCACGCUCGUGGGCCACUCUCUGGGUGGCGCCGUCGCUGCGCUCGCUGGCCUGGACCUCCUCGCUCGCGGCCUCCGUCCCACCGUCACGACGUUUGGUGAGCCUCGGAUCGGAAACGCGGACUUGGCGCGAUACCUCGACGAGCGGUUCAACCUCACGCGGCGCGCUCACGACAUGGCGGCUCCUAGGGACUCCGCAGCGUUUCGGAGAGUGACGCACGCCGCAGACCCGAUUCCGCUUCUCCCGCUCGACGAGUGGGGCUACAAACCUCACAGUGGCGAGAUCUACAUCGCCAAACGCGAUCUCCCUCCAAACGUGACCGACGUAAGACACUGCGACGGCCCGGAAGACAAGCACUGCAUCGCGAUUCCCGACGAGGGUGGAUUCUGGGCCAUACCGGCCAGGUUCAAGCUCUGGCAGUUGUUUUUUGCCCACAGAGAUUACUUCUGGAGACUGGGCUUGUGCGUGCCGACCAUGGAUGGAUGGUGGCCGCAGCAGAUGGAAGAGACGGACUUGUGAUCUCCCUUUUCCUGCACUGGCCGUACUUUUAUUUUCAAUUUUUUUUUCCAAUGAUCGGAUUGCAUAGCGACUUUGGCGCUUGGUGGCAUCGGGACUGCGACGACGGCACGUGAUUUUGAUUUAGAUAUACCCCCUUUGGAGCGCAGCUCUUUUUUUGACGCGGACGAAGAAUGGCCACAGCAUUGCCACACGGCUCAUCUUAAACGUUCAGCUAAAUGCUACUUGCCUCCUGGCUUUUGCUUCACAACCCUUUUUUUUUAACACGUCAUUUCUCUCCUUUUUGGAAUCCUUCCAGUCGUGCACCGCUGCUUCAAACGGAGGAAGCACUGCAAAAGCUGUUCCGCACGCUGAUCGUUGCAGGACGACAUGGUUUCGACGUUGGCCGGUCCCAUAUUCCAGAUCUCGUCCGUGUCGUGACCUCCGUUGAG